AUGAAGUUCAAUACUGUCGCCCUCACCCUGGCUACCGCCGGUACCCUGGUGUCCGCUCAGCACCACCACCAGCACCGCCAUCACCACAAGCGCUCCCCCGACGCCGAGGUCGUCACGGUGCCCGGUCCUACCGUCACCACCUUCGUUCUCGACGGCAAGGUCAUUACCUAUGAGGAGGCCUGCGCUGGUAUCCGCAAGGGAACUUUGAAGUUCUCUGGCAACGUGCCUGCGGAUGUUUGCGAGUCCUCUUCUUCUACUGUGGCUUCGAGCACCACCAGCCCGACUCCCACGGCUUCCGUCCAGGCUGCUGCUGAGUUCAUCGAGGUCGCCGUCAAGCACUCGUCGAGCUCCAGCUCCAGCUCCAGCAGCACCAAGACCAGCAGCUCGUACGCCGCUGCCUCCUCCAGCUCCUCCGCCAGCAGCUCUAGCAGCAGCUCCUCCUCUGCCACCGGUGUGGACAAGGAGUUCCCUGAUGGCGAGCUUGACUGCGACACCUUCCCCUCUGAAUACGGUGCCGUUGCCCUCGACUACCUUGGCCUUGGCGGUUGGUCCGGUAUCCAGUACGUGACCAUCGUCGACGAGAUUGUCGACAGCAUCGUUACCGGUGUCACCGGCGAUUCCUGCAUUUCCGGAGCCAUGUGCUCCUAUGCCUGCCCUGCCGGAUACCAGAAGUCCCAGUGGCCCAGUACCCAGGGUUCUACCGGCCAGUCCGUUGGUGGUAUUGAGUGCAAGAACGGCAAGCUCCACCUUACCAACAAGUCUCUGUCCAAGAAGCUUUGCAUUGAGGGUGUCGGAGGUGUCCACGUGAAGAACACCAUGAGCGAGGAGGUCGCUGUUUGCCGUACCGACUACCCUGGUACCGAAUCCGAGACCAUCCCUCUCGCUGUCUCUGCCAACAGCGAGCUCCACCCCCUGACUUGCCCCAACGGCGCCACCUACUACAAGUGGGAGAACCAGACCACUUCCGCUCAGUACUACGUUAACCCCAAGGGUGUUUCCACCGAGACUGGUUGCCAGUGGGGUAACGGCAGCUCUCCUAUCGGCAACUGGGCUCCUAUCAACCUUGGUGUCGGUUACAACGAUGGCAAGUGGCUUUCUCUGUUCCAGAACAGCCCUACCACCACCACCAAGCUUGACUUCAACGUGAAGAUCGAGGGUGACAACCUCAGCGGUUCUUGCAAGUACGAGGAUGGUACCUUCUACUCCGAGUCUGGCUCCAACGACUCCGGUUGCACUGUUGAGGUUCUCUCCGGCUCCGCCACCUAUGUCUUCUACUAA